GUGAAUGACGCAGAAAGCACGGUGGCAGUGGAGUUCACUCCCACCAUUCCUCACUGCAGCAUGGCGACGUUAAUCGGCCUCUCCAUAAAGGUAAAAUUGAUCAGAUCUCUGCCUGAGAGAUUUAAGCUGGAUGUUCAUAUAACACCAGGAACACAUGCAUCUGAGCAUGCAGUUAAUAAACAGCUUGCUGAUAAAGAACGUGUAGCAGCUGCUUUGGAAAACUCUCACUUACUGGAAGUGGUGAAUCAGUGUUUGUCUGCUCGAUCGUAA